AUGUAUGAUGCUUUACUAUUAAGUAUGAUAUUAAUUAUUGUUUCAUUAGGAUCUAUUCAAUCGAGUCAAACUAGUCAGUCUUAUUCGGGUUCAACGGUUGUAUCCUUAAAUAACGAUUUACCACAACCAACCCCAAUACAAACGCCAAAGUUCGAAUAUUCUGAUUUUUCUUCAAAUGAUGAAAAAUCAUCAAAAAACUUUGAAGGUGUCGAAUUUACUCUACAUUUCUUAGGAUCUAAUCAAUCUAGUCAACAUAGUCAGUCUUACUCAGGUUCAACACUUGUACUCUCAACUAGCGAUUUAUCAGAAUUGAUCCCAACGCCAAAGUCGGAGUAUUUUAAAUUUUCUUCAGAUGAAGAAAUAUCGACAAAGAACCUUAAAGAUGAAGAAAAAUCACCUGUCGAGUUAUCAAUAGACCAACAUUCUAAAUAUACCGUAUUUGUUGGUUAUA